UUCCCUUUUGUUUUCUUUCUAUUUCACUGGCCUUCAUCUGUUCCUUGUUUUUUGUCUACUUAGAUGAACUCCAGGGGGUUUUAAUUAGCUAGCUAAAAAAGAAAAUAUACUGCAGAGCCAAAAUAAAACAGAUGGGUAUGUAUUUCUUAAUGCUAUUUGUGCUAAAGGUUGCAAUGGCUUGUGCCUCAGCGUAAGGAAAACACUAACAGUAGUGUCUGUUAUCCUGACCAGCGAUUGAAUAGCCCACCUUUUUUCCCGCUCAAUAUCCAAUUAGAGGAAAGAAUUUCCUCCCACUGAUUUCUCAAAACUUCAUCCUCUGAGUUUUUCCUUUCUUCUCAACUUAUAUGCCUAAGGAAGUUUCUAAAGUGCAGUUAAGUAUCCAAUUGCCUUUGAAGGUCACUGAAAAUUACAUUUUUAGAAGUGCGCUGUUUCAUUUUAGACUCAAAGUAAUUUGCAUAUAGUAUGACCUGAAUCAUUCUGUUCAGUAUAAAAAAUGCAUUUUUGUGGUUCAAAUCUAAAAAUUCAAGAACUUUUCACUGUUUUGCUCUGUUCCUUGUAGAUAUUUUACUGAAAUAUUCAUAGAAGCAAACAAAGAAAAAAUACUACUGGAUGAUGCAAUGCUGUUUAGAAUGCUGUAGUUUCAUCUGCUUCAAUUUCAGUUACAUUGCAGCAGUCUUCUAAUCCUCAUGAAUGAAUGGAUAUAUAUGGUUCAUUGCGUUAAUCUUUCUGAUUUUGGGGAUCGGUGUUAACAUUUUACAAUCAGAACAAAAGACCUCAGUAUAGCCAAGAUUAUAAUAACAGAAUAAUAAUCAGAAUGGUAUAGCAAGAGUAUAGCUUUAGCAAUGAUGAUCUAAGGAUGUAAGCAUGGCAAAUGUUUGCUUGGAGAGGUCACAUUUCUUAUUAGGGCAUCAGGCAUAGGUUUUAAGCUUCUAUUUAGGAUGUGAAGAGUUCUGUGCUCAAUUUUUGCUGUUUUUAUGUUUAGGUGGUGAAAACGUGAUUCCUCACUCUUCAGGGAGCAUCUCAAAACAUAUGCUGAAGUAAUGUAACAGCUUAUAGCAAGAUAACAACCAUGAAAUGUGGCAUUUCCUGGAAAUUCAUUAUCGGUUGGGAUCCCCUCAGUAAGGUGCAAAGCAGCUUCAUUUUACUGUGACCGUCAGACCUGAACAGCAGCUUGGAAAGAAAAGGACACUAAAAACUCUUCAACUUGUUUGUUAAAGCAUGGCCACAUGUCAUUUCUGCUCUUAUUUCAGUCUCCACUUCAGCAGUGUCAUUUAACAAGCACCACACUAUAUAAAGGGGACUUGUGAAAGCUGCUCUUUCAUUUCACUUUGAAGCAGAAAGCUGCCCUGGACAACCAUGAUGUCUUACUCAUUCUGCAUGCUCACAGCAGCAGCUGCUUUGCUAGUGCCUUGCCAUGCAUUCAACUGUCCAGGACUUCCUGAGCUAUCCGAUAUCCCUGGAGUUGGUGGACUACUUCAACUACUAAAACCUGUUCUAGGCCCAAUGUGGCCUUUUGGAAGAGGAAGGCUUCCUGAACCUCAAGCGCCCACGGGGCUGCAAGGUCUACCUAUUUCGCUUGACACUGAAUUCAGCAAUGUUUUAGUGAAUUUCAGACAACGACUUUCCAGACUUGAAGGAGUGCUUACUUUGAAUGGGAAAAUAACAAAAGCAGGAGAGAAAAUACUUGCCAGCAAUGGGAAGAAAGUGAUAUUUUCAUCUGCUCUAGAAUCCUGUGAAAAGACUGGAGGAACUCUUGCAACUCCCAUGAAUAAGGAGGAGAACAAAGCUAUUUUGGGGAUUGUGGAACAGUAUAACAGUUAUGCUUAUUUGGGCAUUAAAGAGAGUGAGACUUCAGGACAAUUUGAGUAUAUGAAUGGCACACCUCUGAAUUACACCAAUUGGCACCAAUAUGAGCCUAAUGGCAAAGGGACAGAAAAAUGUGUAGAGAUGCACACCAAUGGGAAUUGGAAUGACAGAAAAUGCAACCUGUAUCGCCUCACAAUCUGUGAAUUUUAAAGAAUGAUGUUUCAGGCACCUGAGAGUAUGGAGACAAUGAAACAACCUACGCUUCACGUUUAUGCAAUUUCUGAUAUUGUUCUAUCUCAGAAAAUCUAAAACGAAUCAUAUUAUGGUAUCUUUUUAUCCUUAAGAAAAUUCCAAAUGUAGAAGGUGAUUAACUUAAUUAAAAUGUGCUUAAGUUGAUAUGUUUCUCUCUAUUUUGGAGGGUUGGGAAUAGCUCAGAAUUCAAUGGUCACAACAGACUGUCUCUGUGCACUGGGUCUUUGUGAAGACUAGAGGAAAAUUCCAAGGUUUGGCUUCAGAUAUUGGUUAAAAAUUGCCUUUGGCUUCAUAGUGGAAGCAUUUCUAAGUAUUUAGUAAUUUAUGUGUUAAAAGAGAUGAACAAAGGCUGAUUUUACUGGAGCAAUUAAGGUGUUGGGAUUUGCCUAUCUCCUAGAAUUAUAGGGCUUACACUGUGUCAUAUUGAAGCAUGCAUUGAUAUGUUUAGCUUCCGCAUUUAACUCCCUUUACAAAAAAAAUUUACAGUGCCAGUUGCAAUUAAUUUUCUUAGUUAAAUCAGAAGCUAUAAAACACUGAUAAACAUUGUCUUUGAUCUUCAUAAACAUAUAAAAUGUAUAUAAAAUAUUAAAUAUUGCAUUUUUUGCUAAAAUAUCACAUUCUCUCAUGAAACUAUGACCACUGCAGAAGGCCGCCUGUCCAUCUCCCAAACCACUGACAAAGCACACACUAUCUUGGGGGCAGAGGUAAGAUUGGAAGUUCAAUCAAGUCAAAGAAAAACUAUUUUUCUGCUGAAACCACAAAGUCAGACUAUGACUCAAAACCCCUAAGAUCCAGAACAGUCUUUUCAGAAAGUACUUCCACUGCCACUCAGUUUGAGUAGCUGAUUUGGGCAGUAGAAUCUCAGUAAAAGACCAUGAGUAGCAAAUUGUCACUCACCUUGCAGUGGGGAAGUCCUGGGCUCAUUCUCAUUGUGGGCUCAUUUUCUCUCAACCUGAGGGAGAAACGAAAGUACUGAAAUUAA